GUUCCGCAGUGGUGACGGCAUUACUGUUGUUCCUGAUCCUAUCUGCAUACUCGUCAUCUAUUAUCGCCCACCAGACUGCCCCUCUUCGCCAUCUCUUGCUCGUCUUUUCUCGCACCACCACCACCGCCCGUUCUCUAUCGGAAACCACUUGCUUAUGUCCUCCAGGAUUACUCGCUCCGCUGCGAGACUGGCAGCUGAACCCCCUGUGUCCACCAGCACCGGAACCUCCGCCUCGAUCCCCGCCGCCGGUCCGGCCCCAUCUCGGAAACGGAAAGCCCCUGUACGACGUGACCGUUCCCUAGACGAGUCGGAGCGACCAACACCUGCAUCACCUCCCCGGAGAGCAAAGAGACAACGGACUGCAGCUUCCGCUCAGAUCGCUGCACCAACGGAACCGCGACGCGGCCCUCGCAACGGUCCAGCAAUGUCACAGCAGAGUUCGUCAUCACGCCCCUCUGAUGAGUCCUCGAGAGUCCCAGCAUCCGCGUCUGCGUCGAGACGGAAAUCAAGCAACAACAGAAAGACCACACAGGGUAAGGGUGAUGGGAUUUUGGUUCGAGGGACCGUCGGGUCGACUGACACAGAUCCCACUCUAGAUGCUCGGACAGCCACCCAGUCGCCUCCCGCACGACGACAGAAGAAGCGACCGUCGAAGCAAAGCUCCGAUCUUAUCAUGAAGGAAUCAGAGGAGGACUACGCUGAAAGAGAGAAGAAGGAGGAACGGGAUUCUUCGCCACCGAGUGAGAGCAAUGACGGCACAAAUCAUUCUGCUUUCAACGACGACGACGAUGAUGACGAUGAAGACGAUGAGGACCCCUUCCGCAGCAGUCUUUUCGGAUCCAGGAGUCCGAUGGGCCUACAAAGCACCCUUCGUGCGUUAAGCGGUAUGAUGUCGGGUACAUCGUCGCGCUUGCGCGACAUACUAAGUAAUCUACGGAUGAGAGAUGAUCCGUCGUUGCAGCUGAUCGCAUUGCAGGAGUUGUCGGAUCUCCUGCUCGUCUCAAAUGAAGAUAAUCUUUCAGGGCAGUUCUCACCGGACCCUUACGUCAAAGAAUUAGUGGCCCUGAUGCAGCCGAGUGAUUUUGGAGAAGAGAACCCGGAGAUUAUGCUGCUAGCCUGUCGCUGCUUGGCCAACUUGAUGGAAGCUCUGCGCGGUUCGGUGGCGAACGUGGUCUAUGGCGGUGCGGUGCCAGUUCUGUGCCAAAAGCUCCUAGACAUACAAUUCAUCGACUUGGCUGAACAAGCACUGAGUACUCUGGCAAAGAUCUCCGUUGACUUUCCGGCAUCUAUCGUUCGCGAAGGUGGUCUGACGGCUUGUCUGACCUAUCUCGAUUUCUUUCCCACCAGUACGCAACGGACUGCAGUCACGACAGCUGCCAAUUGCUGCCGUAAUCUGCCUCACGAUGCCUUCCCUGUGGUUCGAGAUGUCAUGCCAACCCUUCUCAACGUCCUCUCAAGCAAUGACCAAAAGGUCGUCGAGCAGGGAUGCCUCUGUGUUUCAAGAAUAGUGGAGAGCUUCAAGAACAAGCCCGACAAGCUGGAACAGUUGAUCAAGCCUGAAAUGCUGAAAGCAGUUUUGCGACUUUUGCUGCCGGGAACUACAAACUUGAUCGGACCACAUAUCCAUACCCAGUUUCUACGUGUCCUGGCUAUUGUGUCAAAAGCCAGCCCACGUCUCUCCGUAGAACUGUUGAAGAUGGAUGUGGUCGACACUCUUUACCAGAUCUUGACGGGCGUCUCUGCUCCACCCAAUGUUGAAGGCGCGCCUAUCAAGAUUGACAAUGUGCUGAUAAUGCAGGCCCUGAUCCAUCGGCCGCGAGAGCAGGUGUUCGAAACGCUCAAUGUCAUCUGUGAGCUGCUGCCAGAGAUCCCUCGACGUGAAUCCUCGCCUGUAGAUGACGACCUAUUGCGCGUUGGUUUGGACAGUGACAUCGUUUUCAAGUCAGCGAAGAUAAGGGAGACUGCAGAGAAGCGACGGCAGUUACUGCUGGAUUGUCGGCCGGAGCUCAAGCGUUUUGCGAUGAUUCUCAUGCCAACGUUGACGGAUGCUUACUCUAGUACGGUCAAUCUGGGCGUGCGACAGAAGGUCCUCACUGCUCAGCUGAAAAUGCUGCAGAACCUUGACGCUGCAGUGAUCGAAGAAGCCCUGCGUAUUGUCCCCUAUGCGUCUUUCCUCGCCGCCAUUCUUUCACAGAAGGACCAUCCCUCCCUCGUGUCCUUGGCCUUGCAAUGCGCUGAGAUACUCUUCCAACGCCUGGAGAACAUCUACCAGUAUCAAUUCCACCGUGAAGGGGUGAUAUCGGAAAUUAUCAAACUCGCCGAGAAACCUCUGUCAACCGACAGACACUCCAAGUCCCCCAGGGCUGCUACUUCUGAGAAUGCGAGGUCAAAUAAGCGCUCCGUAUCCCCUGCUGGAAGUGACGACAUGACGGAUAGGAGAGAUGAUACUCCUGAAAAUGAUGAGCACGAUGACGAGGAUGACCAGGAUGUUGAAGAGGACGAAGACGACCAAGAUGACGACCAGGAUGAUGAGAAUAAUGACAUGUCCGAUUCGGAAACCUCUUCGUUUUCUAGCCGCCCCCUGUCCCAGACUAUGGAUGCCGUCAUCAACGACCAGGUUGUCCGUCAUGCCCGUGCCUUCUUGCAGCUAUACGAGGCAAGCGAAGGCAAGGCUAUGCAUGAUAGAGCCACCAAAAUCCUCAAUCAGCUACAAGAACUUGCGGCAGACAUCGAGGCAUGUUAUCAGCACGGAGGCAGUGGCGAGGGCUCGGCUCUUUUUCAGAGAUUGGCUUCCUACUUCGACGGAGAUGCGCUGGAGAGCAUUACCAGCUCCGAGUUGCUCAAUUCUGGUAUUAUCAAGGUCUUACUGGAUGUUGUUGGUAACCCUCAAGCUCCCUCUAUGCGUGCUGCUCGCACGGCCUUCUUGCAGGCCUUCAUGGGUAAAACCAUUUCAGAUGAGGCCAAGAGCCAGACGUCUGCUACCACCCCUUUCUCUAUUCUUAUUCAAAAACUCCACGAUCUCCUCAGUAGAACAGAACAUUUCGAAGUCAUCACCGUCAGUCACAACUUGUUGGAGAACACCCGCAGCAAUGCCGCCUACAUGCUUGGCAAACAGCUUCGACUCAAAUUGGUGGCAGACGACGACUCUGAUAUCCCCCGACCAUAUAAGAACAUCAUGGUUUCGAUCCACGCUAUUGCCACUUUCAAAUCACUUGACGAUUUCCUACGUCCUCGCAUCAGCUUAUCUGAUCGGCCUAGGGUCUCACGAACAAGAGAGACCAUUCUUUCUCAGCUUGCCGGUGCCGCACGACUUCGUGAUUUCCCCGGUGGCGGUAGUGAUCUUCUAGGCGGUGAUUCGUCGACUACACAACCGCAAUCGCGCACCAACUCUGGUACGCAUGAUGCGGAGCUUGCCGCUAGUGCAAAGCACCCUUUGGCGCAGCGCUCAUCUACGGAUAGCUCGCGCGGCCGUCGAGGGACUAGUAGGCGGGCAAGCCGCCAGGAAUCUGCCCACUCAGAGGAUGAACGAGCGAAUGAACCACUGGAGUGCGCAGACGAGAGGCAGUUGAGCGAAGAUGAGGACGACGAUGACGGUGCAGACGAAGAUGAGCUCAAUGCUAUCGUUGACGAUCUGGACGAUGAUAUGUCCGACGACAAUGCACCGGAUCCUAGCGCAGUCAAUAUGGAGGUUGCCUCUACGGGCAGAAUCACAGCGCGAAAGGAAGAUGGUACCCGCGUAGCAACCCCCUCGCAGUCGACGCCGACUUCCAAGCCUCCCUCAUCAGCAGCCAACUCUGGGCUACAGUCGAUGGGUGGUAGUUCGCUAGCUCUUGCUGGUCGUCCAUUUUCGUCAUACGCUGCGGCUAUGGCUUCGAUUCCUCAGGACUGGCAUAUCGAAUUCACUAUGGACGGCAAGCCCAUCUCAAACGAGACGACUAUCUAUCGCGCAGUUCACCAGCAGCGUGAGAAUUUGGAGGAGUCCUAUGGCAGAAAUGUCUGGUCCGCUGUGCACACUGUGAAGUUCAGGCGUGUUCCUGGACCGCCACCUCCUGAGCCAUCUACACUCGCAGCUGUGGGAUCCGACACUUCUACCCAUGAAGAUGACUCCAGAUUGCCCCCUUCUCUCAAUAAGGACCCCACCACUGCCUCUAUCCUUCAACUGCUGGGCGUAUUGCACGAGAUCAACGUCCAUCUGGAUGACAUACUGACCGAAAGCAAGGAACUGAUUGCCAUCACACCUGAACCGUUGAACCAGUUCAUCAACACGAAGCUUACUGCGAAGCUCAACCGACAGCUAGAGGAGCCAUUGAUAGUUGCCAGCAGUUGUCUCCCGAGCUGGAGCGAAGACCUUGCGCGUCAGUUCCCAUUCCUGUUCCCGUUUGAAACAAGGCAUUUGUUCCUCCAAUCGACGGCAUUUGGCUACUCCCGGUCGAUGAUGAGAUGGCAGAAUUCUCAGUCUGGGGAUGAUAGCCGCCGUGAUCAAGGACAUGAUGAUCGUCCAUUCCUGGGGCGUCUUCAGCGGCAAAAGGUUCGAAUCUCCAGGUCUCGAAUUCUAGAGUCAGCCAUGAAGGUCAUGGAGCUCUAUGGAUCGUCGCCUAGUGUUUUGGAGGUCGAGUACUUUGAGGAGGUCGGCACCGGCUUGGGCCCUACUCUUGAAUUUUACUCCACUGUUUCCAAGGAAUUCUCAAAGAAGAAACUUAAGAUCUGGAGGGAGAAUGAGUCAAACGAUCGCGAUGAAUAUGCCUUUGGCAAGCUAGGUCUCUUCCCAGCCCCAAUGAGUGACGAACAGGCAGCCAGUGAAGCAGGCAAGAAGCAACUGCAGCUCUUCAAGACCUUGGGUAAAUUUGUUGCUCGCUCGAUGCUUGAUUCGCGAAUCAUCGAUAUCUCGUUCAACCCUACGUUCUUCCGUAUUGGUGACAGUGCGUCUACAGUGACACCGUCAUUGGGCACAGUGAAGGCUGUCGACCAAGAUCUGGCGAAUUCUCUUCUUCUCGUCAAGCGGUUUGCCAAUGCUAAGAAGUCAAUUGACGAAGACAAGGCUCUGUCUCCCGCCCAGAAAGUUCAAUGUCUCCGACAAAUCGAGGUCGACGGUGUUAAGGUAGAGGAUCUAGCGCUUGAUUUCACUCUCCCGGGAUAUCCUGCCAUUGAGUUGAUCAAGAACGGUGCCAACAUCCCAGUGACGAUCGAUAAUGUCGAUCUCUAUCUCGAUCGAGUCAUCGACAUGACUCUUGGUAGCGGUGUUAGACGUCAAGUAGAUGCUUUCCGAUCAGGCUUCUCACAAGUUUUCCCGUAUUCCUCACUUCGCGCCUUCACCCCCAAUGAGCUGGUCAUGCUGUUUGGCCGGGUAGAGGAAGAUUGGUCUAUUGAAACACUCAUGGAUUCAAUCAAGGCGGACCACGGUUUCAACAUGGAUAGCAGGAGCGUGCGGAACCUUCUGCAGACCAUGAGCGCACUGAAUCCUCAAGAGCGUCGAGACUUCCUUCAGUUUGUCACCGGUAGCCCUAAGCUUCCAAUUGGAGGGUUCAAAAGUCUGACGCCUAUGUUCACCGUCGUCUGCCGCCCCAGCGAACCACCAUAUACAUCUGAUGACUAUUUGCCUAGCGUAAUGACCUGCGUGAACUAUCUCAAGCUUCCUGAUUACAGCAGCUUAGACAUCCUUCGACAGCGGCUGUCUGUGGCGAUCAAGGAAGGCCAGGGAGCUUUUCAUCUGUCGUAAUCUUUUUUUCCCCGCCUUUAUUCUGUCUCUGUUCGCUUCUCACAUCUUUUUCUUAUCUUUUUCCCCUUGCGGACUGAUAGUAAAGUUACCCAUUGUCACCUCAUAAACAUACCCUGAUUAUUUCGGAACGGACAAGGUUGUUUUGCUAGCAUGGUCAAUCAGGGUCUAGGGCUGGUGGGGGUUGUCUUGAUUCUGACCGGUUGUCGAUCCAGACUUCGUUGCUCAGGCGCAUUGGCUGUGUGUAAUCAAAUAUGAUUUAGACUGCAAUGAAUACAUGAACAAUAGCACCUGUGCAAUGAUCGUUCCUUAUGACUUGAUAUUGGAAGUUAUCUCUCCCUGCGUGCUCUCCUCUUACUCCGGCCUCUCUGAAUAAUAACU